AUGACGAAAGAAAACAUUGGAACAUACAGCUGCGAAGUUCGAAAUGAAUUUGAUUCUAUCAAGCGAAUUUUUGAAAUUAGAAGUGAAGCGUGCCAUUUGCCUAAAACCAAUGAUUACGGUGAAAAUUAUCCGUUAAUACUAUCACAUACUCACCAAUUAAUAACACAAAGAUCAAUAGGACUUGGAGGAAAAAUUUUUAUUUACUGUCCUGAUUCAUUGCUAAUUUACAAUGAAGAGCGCUUAGGGAGCUAUAUAUCAGCUUACUGCAUAAAUGAAACUCGUUUCCUAGUUAAUGACAAAGAAUAUGAUAUUUCGAACAUUAAAUGUAAAGAAAAAAUUAAACCAAAAUAUCACAAAACCAACACCGCCUGUGCCCCUGGUAACACAGAAUUAGUACAGGUCAGAUUCGAAGUCAAAAGUCAGAUAUUCUCUGUCUUUGACGUGUGCAUUGACAAGGACAAAUACAAAAUACACUUUGUAAGAUACAUCAUGCAUUCUGGUAUAGCCAAUACUAGUCUUGCUGGGGCAAGCUUUACCAAUAAUGAAUUACUACCGUUAAAUUUUAAUGACAUUUACAAUUGUAACAGCCAAUUAAAGUCAAUUUAUGCUACUACUGGUGAAAAAUUAAGCAAAGAUGGCAAGUGCUGUUUUGGUAAAAGGCAACUAGUCAGUCCUAUGGAUGUACUGCCCGGAGUAACGCAAGAGACUACAUACACUUAUUUGAAUGUCGUACCUGUUUGGAGCUCUUGUGGCCAAGAGAAUUGGGACGAAGUGGAGAGACGAGUACGGUCUCUGGUCUAUGACCGAGAUUAUGCGUUAGAUGUAUGGACGGGUUCAUCUCAUUCAUUAAUUUUGCCAUCUACACAACUUGAGUCUCAGGUGGAACUUCGUUUGAAUGACCGAUAUAACUUACAACAGCAAGUUCCGUUGUACUUAUGGAAGGUGAUUUCCGAUCGUCAAGAAAUGUCAUCGCUUGCAAUAGUCCUCAUCAACUAUCCUAAUUUAGAGGUUCAACAAGCGUUGGUACUCAUUCGUUCUAUUUGCACUGACAUUUGUGCCAAGACUAAUUGGAUGAAAAAUUCUGAAUGGAAGAAACCUAAUAAAGGAUUUGUUUUUUGUUGUUUGUUGUUGUCAAUAAACCAGGAGCUAGUAGACCGAUCAGCGCCCUAG